CUUAGAUCCAAAGAUCACCAUUACUCAUGGUCUUAGAUCCAAACAUGGGCGUAUCGGGCCUCACCAGGCACCUACACCGGGGUUAAUUUUAAAAAAAAUUAAAAUUUUGAAAAUCAGGGGUCAGGAAAACGCGCACAUUUCAGAUUCUCUCGUUGUCUUUAUUUUUCCCUUCUCUCUCCUAAAAGAUAAAACCCAAAGAAAAGCAAAAAUCCUAAAACUUGUUACCGAGGGUCCGAGCCAGCCGCCAUUGCCGCCACUGCCGCCUGCCACUGCCGCCCCAGCAACUGCUGCCUCCUGCCGCCCCAGCAACUGCAGCCUCCUGCCGCAUGCAACCAGCAGUGAGUCGCUCCUGGCCGGUUGUACGUUGUCCCUUAAAAUCAGAAUUUUGAUUUUUUUAAGGUUGUUUGUGAACUAGGUCUCUUUUGGUGAAUGUUUUAACUAAAACUUCAUGUACCUGAGAGUAUAAUGACUUAUCGGAGUAAAAGAACUAGACUUGCUGGAAUUGCUAAAGAAAAACAGACAAAGAUUUCGUCAGUCGACGAUGUUGUUAGACAAGUAAUCCAUGAUGUUGCUGAUGUGCAAAAUCAAGAUGAGGAGACCUUGCGUAGUUCAUGUUGCAACCAGAGCGCAGACCAAGCUGCAACUGACCUCCCAACCCAAGCUACAUGUACCGAUGUUGAUGAUGUUAGAUCGAACUUGGGAAAACGAUCUGGACGAGUGUCCCGUAGGACUUCACCAAGUCAACCAUCUGCCAUCAAUCCUUCUCUGCAAUAUAAGGCUACUCGUAAUCGAUCUCGACAUGUCCAGGAUACCGGUGUUCAAUCAAACCAUGAGGUUGGCUUAAGAGGAGCUCCAGCUCUCGAGACCCAGUACAGCUCAAGCCACAAUGCUUGGUUUGAUGAUCCCACAAUGAAUGAGCCCAUGCAAGCGACAACUACAGAGGUGAAUGAUGUUAGGUCUGACAAGAGAAAUGCAGUAGAACGACAACUCCAUACUCCAUCACCAAGCCAACCCCUUUGUAUCGAUUCACCUACCCAACUUAAAGUGUCAAAAAGACAAUCAUGGGUUGAAGAUGAUAUUGAAGAACCCUCCCAUCAAAGACUAUCACAAGGAAGGCGCUCGAAAACAGCCGCUUGGACCGAUGAGAUAGAAUUCGAUGAAAUGGAAGAGGUGGAGAUGAGAGAUAGGGAAGGGAAGCGUGGAAAGAAAGGAGGAAGAGUUCUUCCGCGGCAUGUUUGGUCGCUCCAACCUGGAGUGAGAUUUGUUGUUCCUUUCAAUGCAUUAGAUCAACCUGUGAGGAAGGGUGGUCAUUUGCUUGUCAAGUUUUUGGGAGAUGUAGCAAAGAAUGGCGAACUAUGUCCUAUUGGUGAGAUAAGCUGGCAUAAAGUGGAUAGAAAUUGUAAAGCCAAGAUUAUAGACUUGAUUCGGGCUAAGUUUGUGCUUCCUGCCCGAGAAGAGAUUGACAAAAGCAUUCUUAAAAAUGUGGGAAAUAGAUGGAGAGCUUAUAGGUAUAAGCUUAAAGUGCAAUAUAAAAAACUUGACAAAACACAAGCAGAAGUUGUAAGCAUUGUGCCAAAAGGAGUAGAUGCAACCCAGUGGGAAAAACUUGUGCAAUACUGGUUUUCAGAGAAGAGUCAGUUCUUAUCUGAGAAGGGCAAGGUGGCACGAGCUCUUCAAUCACAUCAUCACACUACAGGUGCCAAGAGCUUUGCUCGGAUGAGAGACGAAUUUGAGAAGGUGAAUGGAAGAGAGCCAGGCGCAUUGGAGUGGUUUGCUCAAACUCAUAUAAGAAAAGAUGGAGCUUUUGUGAAGGAUUCAUCCAAAGAAUUCUUGGAUGCAGCAGCAGCUAUGGUUGCUCAACGUGGUUCCACCUCAUCUCCUUCAAAGCGAAUUGCCAUUGAGAAUCAGGUUUUUAAUGAGCUCAUGUACUCUGAUGAUGAGAGACCUUAUCGACCCAUCGGGUAUGGAUUUGGAGCCAACUGGAACAAAAAAAUUGUUGGAGGAGAAAAGAGGAAAAGAGAAUAUUUUGCAUCUGGUGCUUCCAUGGAAGCAGGGGGCCCAGGAACUGGCACUCGAAGUAAGUUAUUGGGUAUUGGUGCCAUGCAAAAGAGAAGUGACUACUCAACAUUAGAUAUCUCAACAGAAAUGGAAAGGUUGAACUUUGCAAUGACAGCAGUGAGUGAGACCAAUGAACUUAUGCAAGCUCAAAUGAAGAAGCAAUCUCGGCAAUUGAAAAUGCAAGCUCAGCAGUUACAAUUGCAGUCCAAGCAGAUGGAUGGAAUGCAAUUCCAACUACAACAAAUGACUUCGUUGCUGACCAAAUUUGGAGUGAUGCUGAAUAAUCCAAAAAUUGAUUCUACACGCAGAGGGCCUUUUUAUCAGAGCCUCAAUGUCACUAAUGCACAGGUUCCAGGAGCUUCAUCUGAAUAUUCUGACAGUGACUCUGACAGUAUAGAAUGGGAAUCAGAUUAGUAAGGCAACGAUCGGGGCUCAUAAAACUAUAUAUUAAUAUGUUAUAUUGGUUUCAUAGUUUCAUAGUUGCUACUGCUGUCUUGUUAAAGUACUCAGAAUGAACACUUCUCUUUUGUAAAGUUUCCCGAUUCUGUAUAAUAUCGUUUUACUGUUACAUUUGUGGGUUUAUCCUUC